AUGACGCCCACGUGGGACCACGUCUGCCGCGGCAGGUCUUACCCGGGCCAGCAGAGCGAAGUCAAGGUGGUGUUCAAGGUGUUCGAGGCGGACGUCUUGGGCCCGUCGGAGCUUAUGGGAUCCUCCGUCGUCAGCCUCGAUGACCUGAUCCGGCUGCCGGCGAAACCACAGGCGGACCCACAGGCAUGCCAGAGGGACGAUCCACGGGGCGGCCCGCUUGGGCUCGGGGGGCACAGGGGUGAGGGCCCGUGGGGCCCGAUGUCUGUCCAGAUCUCCAGCGUCGCGAUCAGGGGAAAGUUCAUCGGUCGCGUCCCGGUUGCGGGCCGCCCCGGGGGGAUCCUCGGCCGAGCCUCCCUGCACAGAGCACGGGCGGGGCUGCCCGCGCUCGCCCAGGUGAACAUCGUGCAGGCGUGCACUCUCAUUUGCGGACUUGUGCUGCUCCGGCUCGGCACCUACGACAUGCCCGCGCCCCACAAGUUUAAGUUUGGUCCCAUGAAGGUGUUGAACCUGACCCUCCCGAAGAACUCAUCCAAGGGCAGGCUGCCGACGGCGCGCUCAGUGCGCCUCGUUGGUUGGGAGGUCGCGCCCACGCGCUACCAGUUGAUCUCCAGGACUUGUCUUGUCGUUCAGUGGCGCGGCGUGCACCUUUCCACGCACGUGCCGCUCAGCCGCGGCGAGCUGGUGUGCUGGGCGCUGUGGGCCUGCGGCGCGGCGGACGCCAGGCAGAGCUGGAUGGCCGUGUCUGCAGACGCCAAGAAGGCGGGGGCCGAGGCGCUGCGGGGCGGGGGUGCCGACGUCACAGACGACGACGUCGCCGAGCUCGUCCUGAAGGUGCCAGGCUCCGAGAUGGCCGAGGCCCUCUGGGGGUUCACAGCGGCCGCCACUGUCGCCACGCAGACGGAGGGUCGGAUCAGACGAGUGGCGGCCGACGCCGAUGGCUGGGAGACGAUCGCGGAUCGGAUCUGGGCCCGAGCGGUGGGGGCCGACGGGAACUCGCUGCCCGUCGACUGGGUGCUGCACCUUGGCAUAGGUCUCCUCCUGUCGAGCCUGGCGGUGGUGCUGGGGGCCGACUCAGUGCGACACCGCCUGGCAGGCGGGGCUGUGGGGCUGGUCGGGACCUUCCUGCUGGUACGGCGGGUGCCCGAGCGGGUGGUCGCCUGGUGGACACGCUGUCGGCGGCGUUCGGCCUUCGCCGCGGCGCGGAGGCGCGGCGGGGACGGCCUGGACCGGACCGCCGCCGAGGCCGCGGAGGUACCUGCGGGCCCGCUGCACCCGCCGGGGCUUGCAGCACUGCCGCCUCCGCCGUGGGCUCCACCCGCCGAGGGCGCUGGCGCGGGGGCCGCUGCGGCGAAGCCUGGCGCGCAGGACCUGUCGGCGCUGCGGGCGUUCGCCCAGGGGUGCGAGGUGCCGGGCCCCUUCAGCCAGACCGCGGCCAUGCAGCAGCAGCAGCAGCAGCAGCAGCAGCAGCCACAGCCGACACCAGAGGUGGCCGUCCCAGCAUCGGGGCUCAGCUUCCACGUGCCCCACUCUCCUGCAGAUGCGGUGAAGCUAGGACGGGAGGUGGAGAUAGUGGGCGCCACGCUGCGCGAGUUCCAGGCGCAGGCGGCCAUCAACGAGGACUGGGCCUGGCACUUCUGGGAGAGGAUCGCGGCCGUGGAUGGCUCCAGGGGGCUGCACCCUGACCUACGACGAGUGCUGCAGACUCACGGCUACGUGGGAGCGGGGACGACGUCCCCGCCAGGAGAGUCGUUGCAGCAGGAGCUGGACGCGCUGCUCGCCUCCCCUACGGCGCCUCACGGCGGGGGCAUGCACGCCUCCCCUGGGUGGGCCGUGGCCCCGCAGACCCAGCAGCAUCAGGGGGGCAGCCGAUGGAACCUGAGCCUCCCGCCGGAGCUGCGGCGCGCGGCGCCGGAGAUCUACCGCACCAUGCGGGGCGCGGGGGCGGCCAGCGCGCGGGACUGGCUGUCGCAGGAGGUGACGGGCCAGCGACACACGGCGGUCUGGACCGACCUGUGGACUGCCGCCACCAACGUGGACUACUUGUUGGGCGGUUGCGCGAACCAGUCCGAGCUACUCACCCGUUUGGCGUCCGACGAUGCGCUGGAGCUGCACCUGAGGCGGCUGGCUAGCUACGUCUACGAGAUGCGGACGAAGGACAAGGUUGGGGGGGCGGCCAUGUUGGCUGUCCGCCCGCCCGGGUCAGCCGCCGACUUGGCUCCGACAUGGCUGGUGACCGAGGCCGCGACCCACAGCCAGGCGGAGCACCAGCGCGACGAGAGGGUCCAUGCCGCCAGCAAGCACGACGGUGCCCCGCCGCCGCGGGUGCAGCCUGGAAUGCCAGUGACGGGUCUGUCAGGCUCGCUGACGCGGGCCCUGCAGUGGAAGGAGGCCGAGGCCAGACCAACGGGCCAGCGCGAGACGAGCGAUAACGAGAUGAUGCUGGCCUGGCAGCUCGUGCAGCAGUAUGCGUUACAGGGCGCAGCGCGGUACGAGCGCGACUGCCGGGGGCUUGCCCCGACAGGCGGUCAAGGGGCGGAUCUUGCCUGCGACAGAGGACCGCAGGACGCCUACACUGGAGAGCGCAAGGGUGUGAGCAAGCACGUGAUGAUGUGCGCAGCGGCGGUGGCAGAACCUCCGGACGACAUGGUCGUGGACCUGCUGGAGGCGCUGCCCGACGGCGAGCGCCAGUACUAUUCGGACGAGCAGAACGUCCUGGACUACAGCGGCAAGGCGCUGCUGGGCGUGGGCGCACGCUUGGGGGCGCUCGCGGGCGCCGCGGCUCCCGCCGACGGCGCGGCCUGCUGUGCGCCACGCACCUCGCCGCCCGAGGACGGGGGGCUGGAGGCUGGCAGCCGCGGGGAUGCCGAGCCUGAGGACACUCAGCAGCACCGCUACGACGACGACUGGCUAGGGCAGCAGCGCAGCUGCCGGGCUGCGCCGCCUAGCCCGAGGGGCUACAGCGUGGCGGAGUGGCUGGGAACAGUGAGGCGGGCGAAGAGGGAUGACGAGCGUGUGAUGGUGGUGAUGCAUCUCUUCGCUGGCCGUCGGCGGCGUGGUGACGUGCAGGAGGUGGGGGAGAGGCUGGCGAAGGAGCGGAGCUUGAGGGUGCUCUUCCUUUUCGCCGAUCUCCUGGGCGACCCGCGGUGGGACCUGGCCAACCCCUCCACGUUCUCCGCCUUGAUGGAGCUGUGCGAGGGCGGCUGGGUGGACAUCGUACUGGGCGGUCCGCCCUGUUCAACCUGGUCGCGGGCGCGCUACAAUCGUCGCCGACCUGGGCCGCCGCCGGUGCGAUCGCGGCGGUGCCCCUGGGGGCUGCCAGGCCUCAGGGGCUGGGGGGCCGCCAGAGUCGCGGAGAGUAACACCUUGACGCUGAACUUGUUGGCGCUCUGCGAGGCGUGCGGCCAGAGUGGCGGCGCCUUCCUCAUCGAGCACCCGGAGGACCCAGGGCAUGCGCCCUACCCAUCCAUCUGGAACACGACUGAGAUGCUGGAUUUCGAGACGAGGCGCUCGUCGCGGAGAGCGUGCUUGGACCAAUGCAUGCUGGGCGGACGGACGAAGAAGCCCACGUGUCUGAGCGGCGCGCUGCAGGGGCUGGAGGACCUGAACGAGCUGCGGUGUGACGGGUCCCAUGCCCGCGAGACGGCCGAGGGCAAGCUGGCCGACGGCACCUUCCGCGCGAGCCCGCUGGCCCAGUACCCCGAGGGGAUGUGCGAAACGCUGGGCACCUUGAUAGUUCAGACCCUGGCCAUCUUCGAGCAGACCGGCUUGGGCGGCACCGGGUGGCGAAGGCCGCCGGAGGCCGACAGGUCGGUCACCGCCUGGAGCUCGCGGAGCACUACGACGCCAGCGGUAGCCGUGCGGAACGAGGAUGUGCUUCGCGGUCGGGGGCUGGUGCUGGACGGGCCGCAGAUGGCCUUCUACCUGCGCGUCGACGACGGGGUGGUGAUGGCCGGUGGCAGCGGCUGUGGCCCACGGGCCUCUGGGAAGAUGCACCAGCUGGCGGAUGCCCUGGCCGAGGCCGGCUUCGUGGUCACUGACCGCACGGAGGCCAGCGACAUGCAGAAGGUGCUGGGCUACGCACCGCAGGCGCGUCCGGCGCAGCUACGCUUGCCCCCGAAGAGGGCACGAGAGCUGGUGCAGCAGCUGGGGGCGAUGGGCUCCACCCGCUCCCUCCACACCGAGGAGCUUCGGUCGCUCUUGGGGGUGUGGAUCUGGGGCGCACUACUUCGGAGGGAGCUGCUCUGCAUACCCAGCGCCGUCUUCAGGCUCCUGGAGAGGCGCCCGCACCAGAGGGUGUGCACCUGGGCCACCGUCCGCAGGGAGCUGCGGGCUAUGGCUCGAGUAGUCCCACUGAUGUACGCCGACCUGGGAGCCCCGCCAGCCCCCGUGUAUUUCGCGGCGGACGCCAUGGGCGCCAACGUGGAGGACGACGGCGGUUGGGGCAUCCUGGUGACAGACAUGAGCGAGGACAUCGCGAAGGACUUCAUCGACACGGGCGGCAACUUGGGCUACACCGUGGCGCGACUGGACGGCGAGCUUACUGGAUUGCGGCGUCCCGAGCAGGUCAUCCGUCGGACGAAGCCCUUCAGCCUCCUCCCCGACCGAGUGUUCAAGCCCGACGAGGACUGGGCGAUCGUAGGAGCGGGGAGGUGGCGGGCGGCCGACCACAUCACGCUGGGCGAGGGGCGCUGCGUCGUGAAGAUCAGCAGGCUGGCGGCCGCCACUCCGGCUCUACACCGCACCGUGCUGCCGAUCCUGGAGGACAACCAGCCAGUCUCGGGUGCGGUAUGCAAGGGGAGGUCCCCGGCGCACAUGUUGAACCACCUGUCGCGUCAGAAGACCGCAGCAGGGAUGGCAUCUCGUACGAAGAUUCUGAUUCCAUGGGUGGAGACGCUCAGGCAGCCUGCUGAUAAGAUAUCGAGGAAGCUGGACAGCACUUCUGUUGAGAAGGUAAAGCCGCACACCCUGGCAGCCUACAGGGCGGCGGCUAUGAAGUUCGUGACCUACCUGGACGAGCGCGGUUUUGUCCCCGACGGGCCCGAGCAGUGGGACGACCUGCUUGUCGAAUACAAGAACGACAUGCAGAUGACCAAGUGCAAUUUCGAGUACGCUGUCGCGGCAAUGGAGUUUGUCUUCCCGCGCCUGAGGAGGAAGCUGACUUGGUCCCACUCGGUGAUUGACGCAUGGCGAGUGUCGGCCGAGGUGAAGCACGCGCCGCCGCUCGGCCGCGCGCCGGCCAACCUGGCCGCUAUCUAUUUCUCCUGCUGGGGCGUGCCGCGGCUGGGGGUAGGCUUGCUACUACAGGUGGACCGCGGCCUGCGCCCGUCGGAGAUGCUUCAGCUCAGAGCAAAAGACAUAUCAUUGCCAUCGUCGAGAGGGGGGCCUGAUUUGCAGCCAAAUUGGGUUAUCAACUUGGGAGCCAAGUCGGGGACAAAGGCCAAAAGGAUGCAGUUCGCCAUUAUUCUGGAGCAGGGCGGAGUACUGGAGAACCUCUUGCACCGAGUAGUCUUGGGAACGCCGCCCGAGGGGCUCCUCUUUCCUUACUCGCUUGUCGACUACAGGCAUCGGCUCAAGCAGUUUGAAGCAGCCCUGGGCCUCGACAUUCACUGGGCGCCACACUCGGCGCGCGCAGGUUUCGCCAGCGAUUCCGUGGCUCGUGGUGUCCCCUUCCAGGACAUCAAGGAGGCAGGACGGUGGCUCACCGAGUCCAGCCUCCGCAUCUACGUGGACGUCGUCACCGCCUCCCGGGUCCUGGCGCAGGCUGAGCAGCGAGGAAUCGCACCGCUCAUCCGCGAGGCGGCCGAGAAGCUGCCCCACUACUUCCCGGAGGGCAUCUUCGGCGAGGGGGAGGGCCUCCAGCAUGCCGCCAGCGGGUUGGCGCAAGGGCCAGCGCCGCGGGCCCCAGCCCAGCCGCCUGCGCCAGCACUGGGCGCACUGGUGGAUGGGCUGCUGGCGGGUCCGCAGCAGCCGGGGGAUGCAGCGGCGGGCGCGGGCGCGGCCGAGGCCGAGGCGCCAGCGCCGGCGGCCCCAGGCGUGGCGGCACUGAGGCCCCCGCAGCCGCUGGCGGCGCAGCCGCUGGCAGCGGGCGCGGCCGCGGGGCAAAGGCGCGCGCGCUGGAGCAGCUGGUCGCUGUUGCGCGCGGCCUGGCUCAUCGCAAGGUGGUGCGGACGCUCGACUACUCGAGGAGUGACGUGGGCGGCGGUCGCCGCGAUGCUGAUCGGGUGGGGCUACAUGGCCGGGCCGCUCACCCACCUCGGGACCAUGAUGGGUGUCGUGGCCAGCGUAUCAGUCUCGGCUGGCAAGGUGGUCGACAGCAGCCUCGGGGCAGUCAUCACGGCAGCACAGGGCGUGUCCGACUUCGCCGUGACGUCGUCCCGCAGCUCGGCGAGCCUCCUGCAGGAAGCCUGGCGGGGGGUCGACAUUACCAACCUGCGCGUCCGCCAGCGCCACGCCGAGCGGCUAGCGGACGACCCCGAGAUCCUGCACGCCUGGAUCGAGCGCGAGUUCCUGACAGGCGAGCCUCGCCCGCCAGGAGCCGAGCAGGUCACCGCCGCGAUCUCUGAAGCUUCGGUGAACAUACCUCACAUGUCAGAGAGAUGGCAGAUGAUGAUCUGGCCAAGUCAAUACCGCGAGCUGCACAUGACACUUGACCUGCUGCCGUCCGGGUUCUACGGAGUCCACACGGUGCGCAGUCCGCGGCUCGUGGCACUGCAGACGCUGGCGAAGCGCUCCGGCAGCAAGGCGCUGGCGCGCAUCGCGGCGCAGGUGCAGGCGGGCGGCUACUUCGACAAGGUGAUCGGCGAAGUCGACGAGAUGAUUGCCUUGCUGCGGAGGGAAGAGAAGAUGGACAUCGAGCACCGCGACCGCUGCCAGAAUUCACAGAACGCUAACUCGAACUCCGUGGAGGACCUCAACUCUGACAUAACUAAGGCUGGCGAGGAGAUCGAGAGGAUGACGCACGAGCAGAGCAAGGUCAGGUCGGAGAUCACCGAGCUCGAGACCGAGAUCGCAAAGACGGAGAGCGACAUGGAGCAGGCCCUGGCGAUGAGGAACAAGGAGCGCCGUUCGUUCGAGAAGUCUGUGGAGGACGAUACGGCGGCCAUCGCCAUUGUCAAGAAGGCGCAGGCGGCGCUCGUGGCCUUUUACGAGCGCAACAAGAUCCCGAUGCUCGUCCAGAGGGAGCGCCUUGCCCGCCCGCCAGUCGAUCCGCGGCGAGUGAUUGCGCAGAGUCAGAGGCACAGUAUCGCCCGCAUCUGGGCGUACGCGGUUGUAGCCAGAUGCAUUCACAUAACCACCGACAUCAUGUACAAGCUGCCGCUCUCGUGGGCGCUGCCCAGCUGUCCACGCGUCUGCCUCUUCGAGGAAAGCAGGUUCAUUUGA